AAGACUCUUUCCUUCCUACAAUCUAUCAUAAUCACACUAUCAAUAACACGUUCCUCUAAUUUUUUCCUUUCCAUCAUCAUUCCAAUCUGUCAUUAAUCAGCAACAAACUAUAUCCUAUUUAACACCCUUUUAUUUUUCUCCUUAGUUUUUUUUUUUUUUUUAGAAAUUUUUCUCUUUUCUCUUCAUUCUUUCUACAUUUUUCUUCCAAUGACAAUAUUCUAACAUUCACCACUUUUUUUUUCUUCUUCCCAUUCCUAUUACCUCUAUAACCCUUUUCUCCAAAAUUUCCUUCCACCCAUUUUCCUUCUGAGUUUAUUCUCCCUUCCACCAUGGGCAAUUGUUGCUCAGGUGGCACUGAUGACCCUGAAGACAAGGGAGAAGAAAAUCAACAAAACAAUAAUGCAGGUGGAGAUUCUUCAGCUACAACACCACCACCAUCAUCAAAACCAUCUUCUAAACCAUCAAAACCAGCAGCUAUUGGUCCUGUUCUUGAAAGACCAAUGGAAGAUGUAAAAGCUACUUAUAGCAUAGGGAAGGAACUAGGGAGAGGACAAUUUGGUGUAACAUAUUUGUGCACACAUAAAACCACUGGAAAACAAUAUGCUUGCAAAACUAUAGCCAAGAGAAAGCUUGUUAACAAAGAGGAUAUUGAAGAUGCUAGGAGGGAGGUUCAGAUCAUGCACCAUCUCACAGGGCAGCCUAAUGUUGUGGAACUUGUUGGUGCUUAUGAAGAUAAACAAUCUGUUCAUUUGGUCAUGGAGUUGUGUGCGGGCGGUGAACUAUUCGAUCGAAUCAUCGCUAAGGGUCAUUAUACAGAACGCGCCGCGGCUUCCUUGUUGAGAACCAUAGUUCAAAUUGUUCAUACUUGUCAUUCCAUGGGUGUUAUUCAUAGAGAUCUUAAACCUGAGAAUUUCCUUUUGUUGAAUAAGGACGAGAAUUCGCCUCUCAAAGCCACCGAUUUCGGGUUAUCCGUGUUUUACAAGCAAGGGGAAGUGUUUAAAGAUAUUGUUGGUAGUGCAUAUUACAUUGCACCUGAGGUCUUGAAGAGGAAAUAUGGACCAGAAGUAGAUAUUUGGAGUGUUGGUGUCAUGUUAUACAUUCUUCUAAGCGGCGUUCCUCCAUUUUGGGCAGAAUCUGAAAAUGGGAUAUUCAAUGCCAUCCUACGAGGCCACAUCGACUUUUCUAGUGAUCCAUGGCCCUCCAUUUCACCUGCAGCAAAAGAUCUUGUAAGGAAAAUGUUGAAUUCUGAUCCCAAGCAGAGGCUAACAGCAUAUGAGGUUUUGAAUCAUCCAUGGAUCAAGGAAGAUGGAGAAGCACCUGAUACACCUCUUGACAAUGCAGUGCUCAAUAGGCUCAAACAGUUCAGAGCAAUGAACCAAUUCAAGAAAGUUGCUCUAAAGGUUAUUGCUAGCUGCCUAUCAGAAGAAGAAAUCAUGGGAUUGAAGCAGAUGUUUAAGGGUAUGGACACUGACAACAGUGGAACCAUUACAAUUGAAGAGCUCAAGCAAGGGCUUGCAAAGCAAGGAACUAGGCUAACAGAACAAGAAGUUAAGCAAUUAAUGGAAGCUGCAGAUGCUGAUGGUAAUGGAAUCAUAGACUAUGAUGAGUUCAUCGCAGCAACAAUGCACAUGAACCGAUUGAACAGAGAAGAACAUGUUUAUACUGCCUUCCAAUACUUUGAUAAAGAUAAUAGCGGGUACAUUACCAUUGAAGAACUAGAGCAAGCUCUCCAUGAGUAUAACAUGCAUGAUGGCAGGGACAUCAAGGAAAUCAUUUCAGAAGUUGAUGCAGAUAACGAUGGUCGGAUUAACUAUGAUGAGUUUGUUGCAAUGAUGAGCAAGGGAAACCCAGAAGCAAAUACCAAGAAGAGGCGUGAUUCAACCUUGUUUUAGUAAGCGAUUAUGGGAAGAUAUUCAACGGAGACAAUAAUCUCUUCCAGCCUUGUAUUAUUAAAAAAUUCCAGUUGCUAAUGAGUGAAAAAUCACAUCACGCUUGGUAGUUGUUUGGUUGGAAAGGGAUAUCCUAUCAUAUGGGUGAGGAAUGGGUUAAGGUGAAAACAAACAAAAUAGGAGGGGGAAAAGAACUUAAACUAACCUUUGAAAAUUGUAAAAUUAUGCUAGGUCGGUUGGUUAUGCUUUUUUUUCGUUUCCUUGUAACAUGUUUGGUAUUGUAUUGUAAUUGUUGCUCACUUAGGAAUCAAAUCAAAAGGGUGUUUAUGUGUUGUCUCUUAUUCAGUACUAGGUUUAAAUAUUUGCAUUGUUAACUUUAAAUAUUUGAUUUUGAAUGCAGUUUUUAUCACUGACAGGAAA